CUAGUGUAAGCUUUUCGUUCCGCGUGAAAGUUGAAUGUUGUCAUUUAUGUCAGAAUGACGAAAGAGUUAGCUUUACUGGAGUAUGAGCGACAUAUUUUUUCUCAAUUAUUGGAAGAAAAUGGCCUUGUUGUGAUGGCUAGGGGCCUCGGCAUUGACAGAAUCUUCACUAGUUUCCUUCAGUUGUAUUGCACUGAUCCAGGAAUGCUUGUACUCGUACUAAAUACCACAAGUCAAGAUGAGGAGUAUUUUCAAGGCAAGUUGGAAUUGGCAGACAUAACCCCCUUACCCAGAAGUGUGACGAGUGGUAUCAGCAUUGAGGAAAGAAGGAAGAUGUACACGGAAGGGGGUACUUUCUUCAUUACUUCUCGCAUACUCGUUGUUGACAUGCUGACAGAGAAGAUACCUAUUGACCUUGUUACAGGAAUAUUGGUCUAUCGUGCACACAAAGUUGUGGAAUCGUGUCAAGAAGCGUUUAUCCUCCGGCUCUACAGAGAAAAGAAUAAAACCGGAUUCAUCAAGGCAUUCACGGAUGCGUCUGAGUCCUUCACACAUGGCUUUGCUCAGGCAGAACGCGUUCUCAAGACCCUGUUCGUCAGAAAUCUUUAUCUGUGGCCGAGAUUCCAAGCUGAUGUGUUAGACUUCCUAGAGAAGGAGAAUCGCAAGCCGGAUGUCGUCGAGCUUCACGUUUCCAUGACAACAGAGAUGAAGGCAGUGCAGAUGGCGCUUCUGGACAUCAUUGCCGCGUGCAUCAGGGAACUUCGCACUGCUAACACCCAGCUGGAUGUUGAUGAGGUGACCGUGGAGAAUGCCAUCGGCCGUUCGUUUGAUAGUGUCAUCAAGUGGCAGCUGGAACCUGUCUGGCACCAGCUGGGAGAGAAAACCAAGAACCUGGUAGCUGACAUCAAGCACUUACGUAAAAUUCUGUGCAGCCUGACGACAUAUGACUGUGUCACAUUCUACAACACUGUCAAUGCACUGAGGAACAACGAGCGUGCAUUUGGACAGAACGCCGGGUGGUUGUUCCUUGACUCUGCAGAAAGUUUGUUUGUGCAUUCCCGUCGGAGACUUUACCGCAGUGUUGCACCGAACGCAAAAAAGAAGAAAACAACAAGGGCAACAGCCACUGAGGAGGCAAAAGCAGGCGAGCAUGAUGCUGACACUGUUCUGGUGGUCGACAUGGAGCAGCCAGCAAAAUGGACGGCGCUGUCCGACAUUCUCAAGGAGAUAGAUGGUGAGAACAAGAUGGCCGACACCGGUGCUCAGGAGCUGGGAGAGGUUCUUGUCUGCACCGAGGAUGAUGUAAUAGCAGAGCAGCUUCGUGAGUAUCUGGAAAACGGAGCACAAUCCGUUCUGACACGGCUGUAUAACAGCACGAUUGCUGCCAAGCAGGGAAAGCCACCGCUGUCCCUCGGUGAUCAGAAAAAUGGAGGAAAAUACAAGGGAAAGUCUUCCUCCAAAGCAAAGGCCAAGAACACCCAUAACCCAAUUUUACCAGAUAUAUUGGAUGACACAGAAGAAAUACAGUCGAGUGUUUCUGGUGAUGACAAGAAAGAACAAGAGAAUGCUAGCUGUUACUAUAAAAUUCUGUCUAGUCCAAUUGUCAUUAUUCACCCACUUCAUGGUAACAGUGACCCGUACAGCCUCAGCCGUGUUCUACACCAGGUGGAGCCACGGUUUGUGGUAUUAUAUGAUAUUGAUCUGGCAUUCAUCAGGCAAUUGGAAGUCUACAAAGCGGCAAGGCCAAAUAUGGCUUUGCGCGUUUACUUCAUGAUGUACGCUGACUCCACGGAUGAGCAACGCUACCUCACCAUGCUACGCAAGGAGAAGGAAGCAUUUGAGUUUCUCAUCAGAGAGAAGGCAUCGAUGGUCAUACCGGAGGAAUACGACGGGAAAUCGAGCAAUAACCCGAUCCUCGAACGAGGCGUUAAGUCGGCCAAUCAGACAGUGAGCACGAGAAAAGGUGGCGCCUCGCAGCAGCCGGUGGAGAGCGACGUACGACAGAAGAUCCUCGUCGACAUGAGAGAGUUCCGCAGCGAGCUGCCGUCACUGCUGCACCGGCGUGACAUUGACAUCGUGCCACUCACGAUAGAGGUUGGUGAUUAUAUUCUGACACCAGAGGUUUGCGUGGAGAGGAAAAGCGUGAGUGACCUAAUCGGGUCACUUAACAAUGGCCGCCUCUACAACCAAUGUUUAGCGAUGUCUCGCCACUACAAGCGACCUGUGCUGCUCAUCGAGUUUGAUCAGAACAAGCCAUUCUCCUUACAGUUUCAGGGCAAAUCAUCGACAAUGUCUAAUGACAUCCAGUCCAGUGACACACUGUCAAAGCUGACACUACUAACGCUUCACUUUCCCUUGCUAAGAAUUCUGUGGUGCGCCAGCCCCUAUGCCACAGCUGAAAUAUUUGGAGAACUCAAGGUGGAUAAAGAGCAACCAGAUGAAGCAGCUGCAAAGGCCAUCACAGUAGCAUCCUGUGAGUUCUCAUUACCUGGUAUGGACCGGUUUAACCAUAAUACCCAGGACUUUGUCAUGAAGCUGCCUGGUGUGAGUUCUAAGAACUACCGACAGCUACUGUCUAAAGUUCGUGAUCUUGCCGAACUUGUCUCGCUGACUGAAGAGAGACUCGGGGAGAUUCUUGACAACAAAGCAUUUGGCAAACAACUGUAUGAGUUUAUCCAUAAAGAGAAGGAGGAAUCCAAGACAAAAGGCAAAUCUUCCUUCCAUAGCAGGAGAUGGAGGAGAUAGCAUACGUUCUGCAUUAUUUUAUUUUAAAACAGUGUAAGAUUUAUCUAUCUAUGUGUGGAUUCUGUCUGUAUCUAUCUAUAAAUGAUCUACGAUGAUAGUCAUCGUAUUUCCUCAAUUGUAUUUUGCCCUGAACUUAUACUCACUACCUGUGAUAUCUGCAUUGUAUAGAGGUUUUUCGAAUUAAUUGUGUGUUUGAAUGUGAUUGUAAAUUUUUAUUUAAUUAAACACAUCAGAAAGUUUAUCUCGUGGCUUAAAGGUUUGUGCACUACCCUUACUAGUACUUUAAAAGACCUGGAAUUCCCAUUAGGCCAAGUUGAAACCCUCACUAACCAGCAUAUACCAAUGCAAGAUUUUAUUACCUAUGUGAGCGGGAUCCAAAGAGAUAACCAUAUUAGAUGAAUAUUAACUGAACAAUAAAUGCAAUUUUAUAGUAAUCUA